AUGGGCCUAAUAAGUGAAGAAGGUAGACUGGAGAUAAUGAAUCUAGUAGUUCUCCUUUCUGUUUUCGCGCUUGAUUGCGAAUCCCAGUUUCACUUUAUUUCUCUCGGUUUAUAUAGAUUGUAUUGUGGAGAGUUGCGUAAAUCCUGUUGGACUUGUUUUCACUAUACUGCGCGUGUUUGUGUGAACUACUUUUCAAAACUGUGA